AUGACCCGGCCCUCGAUGUUGCGCUGCGACCCACGAGAAUGGAACUUCGACAUUGAUCGAUUCAUCAACCCAUUCAUCCCACAUCCUCCAUGGGAGCACCUCCCUUAUCCUAUAGCACACUUCUUCGGCUAUCGUAAGGCUAAGCCCAUCAAUGCCGGCAACAUCGUUCCCGUAUUCUGGGCCUGCAUUGGCGUCUUCUGCGGCGUCGCCGUAGUCGCCCUCGUCUCUCGACAGAUACCAGUUUUCAGGGAGCACGGUGCACCAAUAAUAGUGGGCAGUUUUGGUGCGGCCGCCGUCUUAGAGUUCUACUCGAUCGAGUCACCCCUCGCUCAGCCCCGCAACUCAGUUUUCGGCCAAGUCCUUGCCGCCUUGGUAGGGGUUGCGGUCUGCAAGCUGCUUCAGCUGAGCCCCCAUUUCGAGUCCAUACGCUGGCUGGGAGGGGCCCUGUCCUGCGCCCUGGCGACCACCGUAAUGGCGCUUACGAAGACUGUCCACCCCCCUGCCGGUGCGACAGCGCUGCUGGCCGUGGUUGAUGAUGGGAUCGUCCGUCUGGGAUGGAUUCUGGUGCCCAUUGUCACAUUUGGCAGCGUCAUCAUGCUUGUCGUUGCAUUAUUCAUCAAUAAUGUUCAACGGUGCUUUCCGCAAUAUUGGUGGUCGCCCGAAGAUCUUAGGGUCUGCAGCGUGCCCUGGCGGCGGAGAGGUGAUUUAGAAAGCAGGGAGAAUGUUGCAUUCGACGGAAUCGAGACGCGGAGCAGCGGAAGCGAGUCCACGGCAAGGGAAGACGCAGUAUUAAUCAUGAGGCCAGGGGAGGUAGUUGUCCCGAAACACUUGUUUAUCACGCCGGAAGAGAAGAUGUUCUUAGAGGGAUUAAGUAACAGACUUUAG